AUGAACACCACCAGCCAGGAACGGCCGAAUUACCUAAGCUUAAGCGGCUUGGUCUGGGGACUUGGGACGGUCCUGGGUCCUGUUGUCGGCGGUGGCUUUGAGCUAUAUACCUGGCGCUGGGCAUUCUACAUCAACCUGCUGUUUGGCGCCAUCUUACUGCCAACCUUUAUAUUCGUUAUUCCAUCUAACGACCCGCUACCAGGGACGUCACGAUGGCGGAAACUGGCCAGCUUCGACUGGGUGGGCACCAUAAUCAGUGUCGGAGCAUUCACCACUCUGGUUAUGGCCAUCAACUUCGGCGGGACCCUAUAUCCAUGGAAUAGCGGGCAGACAAUUGCCCUAUUUGUUUUCUCCGGAGCCCUGUGGAUUAUUCUCGGCCUCCAACAAGGCUUUGUUAUCGCCACUUCGCUCGAGAGGCGCAUUUUAAUAAUUCAUCUGUUUGCUCAGAAGGAGCCAGUCUUACUCUUUAUAUCUUGUGCGGCAGUUGGCGCGGUAUCUUAUAUCAGUGUCUAUUAUAUUCCUAUUUAUUUCCAGUUCACUCAAGGAGAUAGCGCGAUCAGAUCUGCCGUCCGCCUACUCCCAUUUAUAUUCCUGCUAAUCACCACUAUUCCAACUAGGGGAGCCAUGAUAUCUCAUAUUGGCUACUACAAACCCUGGUACCUAGGCGGCAGCAUAGUUGCCCUAAUCCCGGCUGUUUUGAUGUCUACUAUUGUCAAUGCAGAUACCCCAUCGGGCAUGAUUUAUGGUCUCGAAGUCUUACUCGGACUCGGAGCUGGCGCCUACGCCCAGGCCGCGUUUGCAGUCAUUCAGGCUGUUGUAACCCCGGCCGAUGCGCCUAACGGGCUGACUCUUAUGUUACUGGCUCAACUAAGCGGUAUGACGCUGGGCCUAUCCAUCAGCGGUGCCGUAUUCGUCAACGUCGCGUCGAAUGACCUAUUCGCCCUACUCCCGGAAUACCCACAAUCUCAAGUCAGGCAGAUCGUCUCUGGAACCAGUGGCCAGCUGCUCUCGUCGCUGUCUGAGACGCUACGCGAUCAAGCGCUUGCUAUCAUUGUGUCAGCAUGGCAGAAUAUUUUCAUCUGUGUGUAUGUGGCCGCUGCCGCAAGCUUAGUAUGCUCGGUCUUUAUGGCGCAUAAACGGUGUAACGUCUCGGCCGCCGCCGGCGGUGCGUGA